UCGGUGAAGGGAACCCAGCGGUUUGCUCCCCAUUAAGGAGAAGAUCAAGAUCCGAUUCCCAGCUGCACGCAGAGGACGGGGGUUGCCGUGGGUCUCUCCGUCUGGCUUUCGGAGCCCUCGCUGCUGCAGGGUCAGAGCAGAACUGCCUUCUCCGAGCUGCUUUCCUGUCCUGUUUGUAGCUCAGAGAUCGCCUCCCCCCUCCUCGCACCAUUUCUGUUUUGUUUGGUUGGUUUAGCUUUAUUUUUCUCUCCCCUUUUUGUCUUUUCCCCCCCCCCCCUUCGUUUAUUAUUAUUAUUAUUAUUAUUAUUAUAAUUAUUUGAUUUGGGUAAAUUGCCUUCCUGAAACGAAAAUAUUAACUCUGCGGUCGAAAUCCAUGCCCCCCUGCCAUUCGGAAGAACCGGGUCUAAUAUGCCAGUGACAUCUCCGCCUUGCAGCAGUCGCGAUGAAGGAAAAAUCCAAGAAUGCGGCAAAGACUAGACGGGAAAAAGAAAAUGGAGAAUUCUACGAACUGGCCAAACUCCUGCCCCUGCCCUCGGCCAUCACCUCGCAGCUGGACAAGGCGUCCAUCAUCCGCCUCACCACCAGCUACCUGAAAAUGCGAGCCGUCUUCCCCGAAGGUCUGGGCGACGCCUGGGGACAGCCGAGCAGGAUCGGCCCUUUGGAUAACGUGGCCAUGGAGCUGGGAUCCCAUUUGCUUCAGACUUUGGAUGGCUUUGUUUUCGUCGUGGCAUCCGAUGGCAAAAUAAUGUACAUUUCUGAAACAGCAUCUGUGCACCUUGGCCUGUCCCAGGUGGAGCUCACUGGAAACAGCAUUUAUGAGUACAUCCACCCCUCGGACCACGAUGAGAUGACUGCUGUCCUCACUGCCCACCAGCCUCUGCAUCCUCACCUCCUGCAAGAAUAUGAAAUCGAGAGAUCCUUCUUCCUGAGGAUGAAGUGUGUCCUGGCCAAGAGGAACGCAGGCCUGACCUGCAGUGGCUACAAGGUGAUCCACUGCAGUGGCUACUUGAAGAUCCGCCAGUACAUGCUGGACAUGUCCCUGUACGACUCCUGUUACCAAAUCGUGGGGCUGGUGGCCGUGGGGCAAUCUUUGCCUCCCAGUGCAAUCACUGAGAUCAAGCUCCACAGCAACAUGUUUAUGUUCAGAGCCAGCUUGGAUUUAAAACUGAUUUUCCUCGAUUCCAGGGUCACGGAAUUAACUGGAUAUGAACCCCAGGAUCUGAUAGAGAAAACCCUCUACCACCAUGUCCACGGCUGUGACGUUUUCCAUCUGCGAUACGCUCACCACCUGUUGCUGGUGAAAGGCCAAGUGACCACCAAGUACUACCGGCUGCUGUCCAAGCAGGGAGGCUGGGUGUGGGUGCAGAGCUAUGCCACCAUCGUGCACAACAGCCGUUCGUCACGGCCUCACUGCAUAGUGAGUGUCAAUUAUGUCCUUACAGAUAUUGAGUACAAGGAACUUCAGUUGUCACUGGACCAGGUUACCAUUUCCAAGUCACAGUUUUCAUGCAGAAACUCAGUACCUACCUCGCAGGAAGCAAGGAAAAUAGUAAAACCCAAAAGUAAUAAAAUGAAGGCAAAACUCAGAACAACACCUUACCCGCCACAGCAAUACAGCUCGUUCCAAGCAGACAAACUGGAAUGCAGCCAGGUGGGGAGCUGGCGCUCCAGCCCCGCCGCCAGCGCCGCCGCCCUUCAGGAACAGAACUUCCAUUCAGAGAGCAGCGAACUCCUGUACGCCCCUCCCUACAGCCUGCCCUUCUCCUACCACUAUGGACACUUCCCUGUGGAUUCCCACGUCUUCAGUGGCAAGAAGCAAAUGCUGCCUGCAAAAUUCGGGCAGGCCCAAGGGGCGCCCUGCGAGGUGGCGCGGUUCUUCCUGGGCGCGCUGCAGACCAACGGCGAGUGCCAGUGGCACUAUGCCAACUCCCUGGUUCCCAGCAGCCAGUCACCCUCCAAAAGCCUUCCCGAGCAGCCAGUAAACAUCAUCAGGCACAACCUUGCACAGAGCUAUGAAGUGCCACUGUCCAACAGGAGGUACAACCAGGACGCUCUGCCCGAGGCCUUCCCGAGCUGCACGGCGCCCGUGCCGGGCCGCUACAAAGAGGAGCUCUACGACUCUUCCAUCAUGAAACACAACAAAACAGAGCCCAGGAUCCAGGCCCCCGCCCACCUCAUCAAAGAGGAAAACAAGCUGGCUUUUACCAGAGACCUGCCAGAAAAAAUGGCCAUCAACGAGGCCUCUUUCUCCAACUCCUUGCUGCCCAAAUCCGAGUGCUGCCAGGCCAAAGCCGUGGGACAGCUGAGCCACCUGCUGCCCGUGCCCUCGGUCUACGAGCAGAGCAGGAGGAUUUGUGUCAAAGACCCCAAAUUUGGGCACAUCAGCCACCACCCAGGCAGCCUGGAGGAGCUGGACGAGAGGAUGAGCGUGAAGCUCGACCACGAGGCCGAUGGCGAGCGGCUGAUGGAUGUGAGGCCCUCGGGCCAAGUCCCCUUCGUGCUCCUCAACUACCACCACGUGCUGGCCAAGCACGGAGCUUUCCAAACUUCCCCCUGCACGGCCACGGGACACGUGGGGGAAAAUUACUCCUACAACUCUGAGGAAGUCAAUGCGUUCAUUUACAAAAACCAAAGCCCUUCCUCGGCUUCUUCUCCGGAAACCCACAAGGAAUCUGCACUACCCCAUUAUAUUGGGACUUCUGUCAUCAUUGCCAACGGCAGGUGACGGUAGCACAGGAGGGUUCUGUGUUUAAUUAAGAAACCAAACUGUAAUGAUUUGCAAGAAAAAGAAAAAAAAAAAAA